AUGGAAGACAAGACCAUUGCCUACGGUAUUGCUAUCGUCGGACCUGGCGCCGAUAAGGAGAAGCCCGCGAAGGUCUAUGACGUCGAGCAAAAGAAAUGGUCUAACUUUGACGUUCUAAAUACUAGUAGGCUUGAUCUCUCCAUCAAAAACAAACAUCCUAUCGUGGUCGACGCCACUUUCAUCCCGGACGCGCUCAAGAAAAAGAUAACUGUGGUGCCAAACAGAAAGAACCAUGAUUUCCGGGCUGUGAAGACCGCUCCUGGCGUGGGACCGGAGCGAACGCGGCAAAUAUCGUGUUUCUCUGAGACGAUGAAAACUGGCCAUUCCUCCAAUACUCUGAGAGAGGUCAUUUUGGCGUAA